CCAAAAGUGAGGAAGGUGUGGCGAACAAGCUGCCGCCACCGACCCCAUCGACGACGACAGCAACGGCGAAAAUGCCGCCUCCGCCAUCGACGACGACAGCAACGGCAAAAAUGCCGCCGCCGCCUCUGCCAUCGACGACGACAGCAACGGCGGCAAUGCCGCCGCCGCCUCCGCCAUCGACGACGACAGCAACGGCGGCAAUGCCGCCGCCGCCUCCGCCAUCGACGACGACAGCAAAUGCGGCAAUGCCGCCGCCGCCUCCGCCAUCGACACCGAUGCCACCGACGAUGACGCCACCGCCGCCGCCACCGCCGCCGCCACCGCCGCCGCCACCGACACCGUCGCUACCACAAAGCGAGGAGAGAAAGCGAGCAAGCGCAAUGCAUAAGAUCGCAAAUCAUGUAGUGCGUCGAGCGCUGCAGAAUCAGCGGAGAAACCUAGGGAAAAACAUGAAGUACGCCGGUGGAGUACACGCGCAGCCAGCGUAUACUCCACCGACGGCGUACACGCCGCCACAGCCAGCAUACACGCCGCUACAGCCAGCAUACGCGCCCCCAUACGCGCCGCCAUACGCGACGCCAUACGCGCCGCCGUACGCGCCGCCAUACGCGCCGCCAUACGCGCCCCCGUACGCGCCGCCAUACGCGCCGCCGUCGGCGUCAAGAUGGCCUUAUAUAUAA